AUGGCACACUCAGCCAAGGACAAGAACAUCCGUCUUGAAAGACACAGCGCGGGAAAGACCCAGGCGUACGGAGACCUCAGUGUGCGCGAGGGGACUGGGAAAUUCAACUGGGGCAACACAACGACGGACUUGACCGUGAGCGAGAGCAAACCCACGGAUAAAAACGACCCCAUGUAUGAUAGCGAAAUUGAGAAAGUCACCAAAGAAGGGAAAAAAUAA